CUAUUGACAAUGUCGCUCAAGCACCUCUUCGAGAUCUUACUUUUCUCUCCGUUUGCGCACGCGCUAGCUUCGCCCCCACCCAACCGUCGCACUCCCAUUUUGCCCUUCUCGACAAAGGGCCGUGACAUACUUGACAGCAAUGGGGAUAUAUUCCAUUUCAAAGCCACUAAUUGGCCAGGUCAUCAAGAAAUUAUGAUCCCCGAAGGUCUUCAGCAUGCCUCGAUAGCGUCUAUUGUAGCCUGGAUUCCGGAAUUGGGGCUGAACUCCGUUCGACUUACCUACGCCACCGAGAUGAUCGAUGACGUCUACAGUAAUAGCCCAAACCAAACAUUGGAGAAAUCAGUAUUGAAUGCGCUUGGUGCAGAAAACGGGACAGUGGUGCUUGGACAAAUCCUAGACAACAAUCCUGAGUUCACCAAAGAGACAACACGGCUAGAGGUUUGGGAUGCAGUGGCGCAGGAACUGGCGAACCGAAAUAUCAUCAUCCAUCUUGAUAACCAUGUAUCGAAAGCGUUCUGGUGUUGCGCGGAUAAUGAUGGCAACGGGUGGUUUGGCGAGAGGUUUUUUGACGUGGAAAAAUGGAUUCGUGGAUGGAGUUUCAUCUCAGGUCACGCAAAAGAUAACUGGCCUACCUUCGCGUCCGUGGGCCUGCGCAAUGAGCUUCGUGCAUCCAACGCAUCCGAGCCGGUCGAUUGGUACACCUGGUACGUGCAUAUGACAGCAGCGGCAGACGCAGUUCACGAUGCCGCACCGGACGCUUUGAUCGUCUUCUCCGGUCUAUCAUACGACACAUACAUUGACCCUAUCCCCCUGGGAAAAUCUCUAAAUGGUACGGCUGGUACUGCAACGGCCAACAAAACCGCUUUAUUUGUUCCGUCCGAGUUUGCGUGGGCGGAAAAGAUUGUACUCGAGAUUCAUAAAUAUGACUUCGAAGCAACGCAGAAGUCUUGCUCUGUCUUCAAAGCCGAUUGGUACAAGCAAGGGUUCCAGGCAGUCAAUGCCUCUGAUCCAGCGACGAAGUACACGUUUCCAAUGGUAAUCUCGGAAUGGGGAUUUAUUCAAAAUGGAACGUAUUGGAACCAAACGACGUACAAUACUUGCUUGAUCGAGAUGGUGCGCGACUACCAGGUUGGGUGGAUGCACUGGGAACUUUCAGGUAGUUUCUAUCUCCAGACCAGACCAGGUCGCGUACCAUCAACAAUUCAAGGUUUGGAGGAGUUUUGGGGCUUGCUAAAUUACACUUGGGAUGGGUUACGGGAUCCGGUCACAUUGGAGAAUAGUUUGAACAAACUAAUAGCGGCGCUGGACAGCAGUUAG